AUGAACCCAUCCCCCGUUCGUCCGCUCACCUGGUUUUCUCCCGCCUUCCUCUCAUCUCACAGCUGUCUUCCUUUACAACCUCUCUACUGCCCAUCCAUCUCCAGCUUCACCAUACCGCCAUACUUUACCCCGUCAUUUGAAUCUCCAUCGACUCACAAUGGCCGCCUUCUAAGCGCUGCGUCUCGACAGCUCCCGUCUUUCUCCUCUGAGAACGGCAUCAUUCCUCCUCACGGAACCCCGUCUUUUUUCCCCUCUCACCUCCCUUCUUCAGAGUCUCCUUUUACAGGACCUCUGAACUUUAGCAUCGCAUCGCGUAGCUCAAGUUCUCCCCACCCAACCAUCUCCCCGAUCGACUUUACGUCGUUCACCACGGAUUCUUCCCAGCAAUCAUGGCUUCCCACGCCCCCGCCCACACAGCCCUUGGCUUCCAGUACGAUCAACAGCAACAACAACAGUUCCCUUCAGGACUUUGUGCUCUAUCCCACGCCGUCAGCACCACAACCGCAGCCUCCGCGCAGAGACUCGCGAUUGUUAGCUCCGCCGAGCACUACCCUUAAGCCGUCCGCCCUGCAGCCUUUUCUGGCUCAGAACUAUUCUCGACGACACGCGCUCAGCCUGCAAUUACAGCGACACCUUCAGCAGCUGCUUGCCUCCGGUAUCCCCAUCUCAGACCCCCGAGUCGCAAAACUUGCCCGGUCUUUUGCCCACUGGUCCCAUUCGAACUCCAUCACGCACCCCCAGCAGCCUCACGCCGCCGCCGUGCCUUCUCCCCUCCGCCGCCCAUCCGGCCCCCCGUCUAUUCCCACGUAUAAGAACCAUCCCACACAUUUGAAUCGUCGCACCAUGUCGACUCCCGGCUUCGCAGGUAGGCAUUCUCCAGACUCGCGUCUGCCCGCCGUUGAUUUGACCCCCUGGACUCACACGCCUUCGAUAGAACUUGACGAGGCGCUCUUCGCGCUGCCCUCGGCCGGCGACACUGCCGGUCUAAGCUCCGCCUUCGACUUGGGUCACAUCCAUCUGGACACUGACGUCAACGCGUUCUCUCCUUCUGCCCCCACCGACACGGUGUCCCCCAAGGACGUCAUGUUUGACGCCAGCUCUGUCCCACCUUCAGCCACAUUCACCGACUUGAGCACCCCUCUGCUCGAGUCGCCCGGUGCUUUCAGCUCGGGCCCUUCCCCCAUGUUCACUGAUCUCGAUCUGCUGGGUCCCAAUGACUGGACCCCUCUGUUCGAUGAUGCCGCCGCAAUGGACGCUUUCCAAGGCUUGGCUAUGGUGGCAUCGAUUGAGGAGCCCUCCAAGACCGGAAUGCCGCAGCCCGUUCAGAUCUCCAAGCCUGCCUCUCCCGUCAAGUCGGUGUCGUCUCCCAUCUCUGCCACUGGUUCUACCAAGCCCUCCAGCGUUGCCGGAAUUAACCGUCCGCGCAAGGAGCUCUCUCCCAUCGCUUUUGAUCCUAGCGACCCGGUCGCCGCCAAGCGUGCUCGUAACACCGAGGCCGCUCGCAAGUCUCGAGCGAAGAAGCUCGAGCGACAGAUGAGUGCGGAGGCCCGCAUUGCCGAUUUGCAGAAGCAGCUUGCCGACCGAGAUGCCAUCAUUGCCAACCUGCAAGCGCAAUUAGAGGCUCAGCGCCAAUUUGCUUGA